AUGGACGGCGUUGACUGCGACUGGUGCCUGGUCUGCGAGAAGCAUACCGCUGAAGGGGAGACCUACUGUUCAGAAGAGUGCCGUCUGACCGACCUGAUGUCGUCCUCAGCAUCGUCCUCGUCCUCUUCGAGCUCCGCCGGAUCGGCCUGCUUUAGCAGUCCAUCCGACUCAUCUCUCUCGCUCACCACCACCUCCUCCUCGUCCCUCCACGACAACUAUUCCAUGCCCUUUGUCCGCAAGCAGCGAACAAGUAUACCCAACCUGUACGCCCAAUGCACCUCCAACCCCAACCCACCCGCCUCGCUCAUGUUCACCACCGGCGGGAACGCUGCCUCGGCACUCAGUCACCACCUCCUCCUCCAACAACAACAGCAACAACAUUCCAAACAACACCAGAACCAUAACGAACUCGCACCGCCAACCUCAGGGGUCCACUAUGUCAGUACCACACAGACAGGCGCCAAUGCGUCCCAGUACCCACUCUUUCAUGCGGCACUCAGCGCCUUCCGCCCAGCCUCACCCUCAGGACCACAACAAUAA